GCCUUUCAUCAUGUGUGUCAAAGUAGUGCUAAUUAACUGAAUGACCUGAAUAGUUAAAUCUCAUAUGUCUGUUUUUUUUAUAUGUAAAACGGAUGUUAACAUCCGAAGGGGCGAUGCUUUCACUGGGUAUCAGCUUCCUGAUUGUCAAAAAAUGUUAAAUUAAGAAUGUUAAAGUAUUUAUACUUUGCGGGAGUGUGAAUUAGUUAAAGUAAAGACAGAAGUCUUUAGUUCCUUAACCACAAGUGAUGCUAGACAUCCCGUUUUAUAUGAUGCUAACGCUGUUGAUACUGUAGUAUCGAGUUGUUUGGUUGGGCUUUAAUUUGCAUUAUGAUCAUUGAGAGUUACAGCAUUUGCAGUGGUCAGGAACAAGCAUUAGAUGGAGAAAAGUUAAUUGAAUUGUAUGGAUUUGUGUUAUGUAAUAGGCUUGUGGGGUCACGGGGGGGGAAACGCUAAUCGGGGGCUCGCGUCAGACGAGCGGUAUCUGACCUUCCCGAUGAUCUUGUUGUUCGCUUCGCUUUGCUUUGAUUUGAGUUAUUUUAAUAUAUUUCCAAGAAAGACAUUUUUGAAUAACUUGCAGUACCUGGCGUUGCAACAUGCCAUUGUUAAUCCUUGUGCAGGAUUAACCCUAAGGAGGGAAGGGAGGAAUUACAAUUAAAUUUCAGUGUUUUCAAUGUUUUGAAAUGUUCUGAUUAUUCGAUGAGACGUUAUAAUGCAAUUUGAAUGUGACUUUUUCUAGAGAUUAAAAAAAAUAGAAUUUAUGAUCGGGAGACAAAUGCAGUGCAUGCCGAAGGAUGCGUGUCUUCACAUCAGGUUCUCGUUCACUGCCAUGAGUGGCGGAUCGGAACAUUUCUGAGAACCGUCGGUGCUCGUUUCUGGCCGCCUGAGAGCCGCACUGUUGUCGGUCAGCGGUCGGUCAGCGCCAUCGCACCGAGAUCAACGUCCGAGACCGCGGCUUUUUGUAUCUCUCUCACCGGUAGAGGGCAGCCUUGUCCUUGUGUCCAUAGCCGGCCGGGCCUCGAGUUUCCUUCACACUCCGACAUUGUACAUAUAUACAGCGUAGACACCCUUGUGUCUCUUGUUUUCAGGAAGGUAAAACACAUAAAAGCGAUUCACAUUUAUAAUGGGAACAUAUGUCUUUGUAAUUGAAAGUGUAAUUUUAACGAAAACGGCUAUAAUAAUAAUGUAGGGAUCGGAUUGGGCUAAGAAGGACGCACGGACACCGUUCAUUGCAUUACAUGUAGUUUACAUUCCGAACGUUUAUUGGAAGAGCGGCACAGCCAAUGGAAAUAAUGUGUAGGUCCGAGGAGCCCUUUUCCUCAAGGACCUGCACCUCAGUCCAGCCUUCCCAGCGUGCUUUGCGCUUCUCGCGCUCUCCUUCCCCUCACACACCGUCCAACAGGCACUGACCCCCUCAUAAUCCCCGUAGACCCCACAGCAGUGGAACAGCUAGUUCACAUUUCACCCACAAUUCUCAACUAUUUACAGUAAACAUCCUUAAGUUUCCCGCUCGAACACGACACCCCUCGGUAACGCUGCUCAUUACAACAACAAUAAUGAUAAUAAUAUUAAUAAUAGAAUAAUAAUUCUUCUGUAAUGCGUAAAUAACAUUCUCAAGUCGCUUUCCAGCAAAGCAUCAGCUGAAUUAAUCGAAGUAAACGUAAUAAUACCUUGACCUUUUCAGUAAUAAUAAUAAUACGAUAGUCGAGUAUUGUUGUUGAACUGUACUUUUAAUUUGGAGAACUGUAUUGCAAGGUUAUUAUGACACAACUUUCGAAACUGCUCGCGUUUGACACUGGAGGAAUCUCGCUCCAGGUUCGCGGAGCGGCGGAACGCGAACCCGCGUCCUUCUGGAUCGGGCACGGAUUCGUCUCGUGGGGUGUGUCCGGGCGGGGUGUGGCCCUCAGCAAGUUAGUGUGUGGAAAAGUGGGCGGGGUGCGAACGCGCUGACUUCGGUUUGCUGUGAAACGUCGUGGUCGUUGUGCCCUUCAGCGCCGCAGCCCCUCGCGACCACGUGGCCCCGCAGCUGCUGCGACCGCGAGCGAGAGCUCGUGGGUGAGUUGGUGUGAGCGCGAGCGCGCCGAGCUCGCGGAGCGUCCCAUGGCGGGGCCCUGCUGCAAGAGCGCGGCGCCGCUCUCCGUGUUCAAGCGCACCCUGGCGGUGUCUCCCCGGAGCGCGGGCCCCGCUCCUCGGGCCGCGCUGCCCGCGCUGUCCGCUCUGCUCCCCGCGGGGCGCGCGGGCACACGGCGGGCCGCCCGCCCGAUCGGGGCCAGAUACCCACAGGCCGCCUUGCUGUGCUUGUCGUGCCAGGGCUCCAUGAGCGGCAGCCUGCGGACCUGUUACCGCUACCUGAACGAGACGAGCCGCAGCUUCGCCGCCGUCAUCCAGGCGUUGGACGGGGAGUUGCGCCAUGCCGUUUGCAUCUUCUACCUGGUGCUGCGUGCUCUGGACACCGUGGAGGACGAUAUGAGCAUACCGCUGGAGAAGAAAGUGCCGCUGCUGCACGAUUUCCACUCCUUCCUCUACCAGGCCGAGUGGUGUUUCACCGAGAGUCGGGAGAAGGACCGCCAGGUCCUGGAGGACUUUCCCACGAUUUCCGUGGAGUUCCGCAACCUGGGCCAGGAAUACCGCGAUGUCAUAUCCGAUAUCUGCCACCGGAUGGGGGUUGGGAUGGCUGAGUUCCUGGAGAAAAGAGUGGGCUCCAUGAAGGAGUGGGACAAGUACUGCCACUAUGUGGCUGGCCUGGUGGGAAUCGGGCUCUCGCGCCUCUUCUCUGCCUCUCAGCUGGAGGAUCCCGAGGUUGGACGAGACACCGAGCUAGCCAAUUCCAUGGGCUUGUUCCUGCAGAAGACAAACAUCAUUCGUGAUUACCUGGAAGACCAGCGGGAGGGCCGGUCCUUCUGGCCAAAAGAGGCCUGGAGCCAGUUUGCAGCGCAGGUGGAGGACUUGGCCCUGCCGCAGAACCUGGAGUCUGCCCUCGCUUGCCUCAACCUGCUGGUGACAGAUGCUCUUCGCCACGUCCCCGAUGUCAUCACCUACCUUUCACGUCUCCGCAAUCAGAGCGUUUUCAACUUCUGUGCAAUCCCCCAGGUGAUGGCGAUGGCGACCCUUUCUGCUUGCUACAACAACUCCCAAGUGUUUCAGGGAGUGGUUAAGAUUCGCAAGGGCCAAGCCGUCACCCUCAUGAUGGAGGCCACAAACAUGGGUGCAGUCCAAGCCAUCAUCUCUCAGUACAGCCAGGAGAUACUCCAGAAGGUAUCCCAAACGGAUCCUUCCAGAGACAAGACCUUGCUGAUCUUGGAGCGGAUCCGUGAGAAGGCUAUGCCCCAGGACACGUUGAGGUCACGUGCCCACCACCUGUCUCCGGUCUACCUGUCGGCUGCCAUGCUGCUGGCCGCUCUCAGCUGGCAGUAUCUCACCGCUGCUGUGGGACAGAGUCCGAACACCACAGACAUGCAAGGCCACUGAGAGAAGAAUCGUGGGACAGCACAUAGACUGAGGGGGCCCUAGAGGCCUGCCACUCCCUGAGGAAGUCCAGCCACUGGUCCUAACUCACUCUACUUUUGUGGUCAUUGCAGGUCUUGUUAGGGGCUUCCAGUUGCAGGUCAGCAGAUUGAAGAAGUGUGAUUUACUCGUUCUGCUGCCUUUCUCAGAUCAUGAUCACAAACUACAGUAAAUACUGUGAUCAGAUCACUGUCCUUUUGAAGAACCUUCUGGCAGCAGUUAUGUGAGUGCGGGAGUGUUUGUCGCACUCCGGUGAUCGGUUCUCAGCUGUGAGAUAGAAACUGAAAGGUUUCAGACUGACGUCUGUCCAGUUGAGACAAAUUGUGUCACAAAGUUUAGAUGGAAUUGGGGUUUGCAAAAAUGUCUUUUCUGUGUUAAUGCAAAAUGUAUUUCAGACUUAACUUUAGCUUGAGACAUGCUUGGAAAUGUUCUGGUGGGAUUUAAUGUGCAACAGACCAACUUAAACACUGGUCUGUGUUGUUAAAACUUGAUCAUAGCUUAGUUUUAUUCACAAAAACUAACAUUUCCUUUGAGGAUAUCUUUCAGUUGAAUCCCAGUUCCAGCCAGAAAGUAAUCAAGCUCCUUUAGUCAACCAAAAGAAAAAGCAGAGGAAGCAACCACUUUUGGAGGGUUUUACAGGAAAAUGAACCUGGAUAGCACAGUUCUGGAAGGGUGAGUUUAGUGGCAAAGCACAAAAGCACUUGUUACAGGAGAUGCUAUGGAUGAUUUUUACCCUAAAUCAGAGUAUGUUUAAAAAACAGUAUGAUUUCGAAAGUCGACUUCUCCAUAUUUUGAGUUUUGCCCCGUUUUUACCCUUUUCUGUAAUUUACUUUAAACUUUGCUUUUUACUUUGGACUAAAUAAACAAUGUUGAAAAUGUUCUGUAAUUUGAGGCGGAGAAAGAUGGCGGCACAGAGCUUCUUUGUCCUGUGCGCAACACAUCAGGCUUGUGCUUUGUACAGAACUACAGUGGAAAAUGAACAUUGUUAUGUAAUGCUGGCUCGUGUUUUCUACUUAAUUCUCCAAACGCAAAUUAUGCUCAGCUUGUAGUAAAAUAAGGAAUAACGGGCUUGGAAGCUUGAACCCCCAUGUAUGCAGGAUUGAUGCGUGAUGGGGGGGAGUCACGUGGGCUGAAGAAUUGUUUCCCGCCAAAACGAGUCCGUAAAUGAAUAAAUGUCUUUCGGGAAGCCCGAAGUGGCCUAGAGUUAAUUCUAAAUUCAUUCUGAUAAUUUCCUGAAAGGGUAACCAGAGGUCCGAUAACUAAAAAUGUAAUAAAGAUGAGAACAAUG